ACAGAUUCAAUUGUGGUGUAAACAUUGCAUUUGGAAUCAAAUACAAUUUUUCAGUUUUAAUUUUUAGUUUAUUUAAACCAUGGCCGAGGCUUUGCCCAAUAAGAAAAAGAAAAUCCUGACUGCUGACGAAUACACAAAAAUCUGUUCAUUUAUCAAUAACUACCACGGCCUGGCUAUUGACUGUGAGAUGGAGAUGAAGUAUCGCCAAUUUUUGGAUAUUGAGCCAUUGGCCUUAACAUGUAUAGCACAGAUGGAACACUUUAACCGGGCCAAACGCCAGCAUUGGAAGCAUGAACAGCGUUCGAGGAAACUGUUGAAAACAUUCGAGGAGCUUUGCGAAUAUGGGAAUAAGGACAAUAUCCUAAUAAUACGUAUGGCAUUUGCGGAAAACAUGAAUCCUAUUGCCCUGUGUCGCAUCCUACUUCAAGAGAAGUACGAUAUAAAGCAGAAACAGCAGAUAUCCCGAUACCUGAAAUUUCCACAUUUAAUUGAUGAUCCUCGUCUGGCAGCGAAUGUCCAACAGUGUGUUUACAGUGAUAAUCAAGAUGGACCGCUAACCGACCUCCGACGUCGGAUUAUUGGCGAGGAGUAUGAACAGAAACUAAAAAGCUUGGCCAAUCAAUCCGGCAUACAUUUUUAUGAUGAACAAGACUUGAGACGCAUGGGCUUUGACAAGACGCCGGAUAUCAAAAUUAUACUACCUUUCCUGUACAAAAAUGCUGUGGUCAAUUGGAUCGAGAGUAAGGCAAACUUCGGUGAUCCCAAAACUCACAAAUGGAAUAUACAACAGCAAUUGCAGAGCUACUGCAAUCGAUUUGGCCCUGGCAUAGUUAUCUAUUGGUUUGGCUAUCAUGUAGAGACACCAAAUCUUCCAGAUAAUGAUAUAGGUAUCACCGUGUUGGCCGAUUUUCCAGACAAUGAAGAUUUGGUUUUCAUGAAGUUGAUAACAGCAACGGAUGUAACCGAGACGAAGGCCAAUUCUGGCGCGGAAACUAAAAUGUGACACCAUCUUUAUGACACAAACUUGACCAAGUAUUCUCUAUUGAUAUUACCGAUCAACAAUUUUCUAUAACUAUAAUUUUUAGACAUGACCAUGACAAUUGAUAAAUCGCA